AUGGAUGCCACACGCAAUACCGUCAUGAAUGUAUGCCCGGUUUGUGAUGUAGACAAGGGUAAAAAAAUCCAGAGGCACCUAGCAGAAGUCCAUGGAUAUUCACAAGAGCAAAUAGCGGAAUUUAAGACUGAGAAAAAGAACCGGAAAAUUGGCGCCUCAGGAAAGAAAGUAUAUAACUGUGAGUACUGUGAUGCGGGAUUCAACAGUAUUAGUGGGCUGACCCGACAUAGAACCACAAAGCAUGCUGACGAGUAUUCACCACCAACUAUCCUGUGUCCCAUAUGCAGAGAGACCGUCAGAAGUCACCGUGAGCUCGCAGAGCAUGCCCAUCAGCAGCAUGCUGAAGACUCAGACGAAUUUGUAGUGGAAACAGUCGCUUUCCAGAAUGUAGAAGAUUAUCAGGUAACGGAAAGAAUUGAUGGUGUGACAGUCGAGCACUGUCUCACUCAUCUCGGACAUGAAGGCCGUCCAUCUCAGUUGAGACUGGAUGAGAGUGCUGAAAAGUGUGUGGUCUCGCUGUUAAAGGAUGGUCUCACUGUCCAGCGAGUAUACUGUGGGCAGCAGCACCUUGUCGUUGUUGUUGGUCCUGGGACCUGGGAAGUGAAGGACAAUGGAAGGUCAUAUUGCGUGGAAGAACAAUAUUGUCCAUGCGAUGAGCAACUUGAAGACUCCAGCGUCGUUGUUCCGCCGCAGUCAAGACCAACCUACGUGGAGGCUGCAAAAUGCAUUGAUUCUGAAGACAUACUAUCGAGAAUUGCUACAACUGGCUCCAAGUACGGCGCCAUGCACAGGAGUGUACUCUCCCGAUUCUCAGCGCCACAGUAUGUUCACGUUGUGCGAUUCAAAGCCAAGGGUGUUGCGAUAACCAAUCCGUCAGCUGAUUUUCUGCCGUAUAAAGGUGUACCUGCCACAAACAAGCCCAUCAAGGUCAAUCUGGAAUCUGGCAAAACUUAUUCCUGGUGUGCUUGUGGACUCAGCCGCACUCAGCCAUUUUGCGAUGGCACUCACAGAAACGAAGGCCUCACUACUGUUCGUCCAGUAAGGUUCCAGGUAGAAAAAACUGGUGACUACAUCAUGUGCAACUGCAAGCAAACAGAGUCCAGGCCAAUAUGUGAUGGAUACCAUAAGCAAGUAAGCGGUGCUCCCAAAGAUCUACAUGCUACUCGUUUUGUCACUUUUGGUGACAAUUCGCCCGUGUAUGAUGGAGUUGCCCGCAAACUUGGUUACAAGCCGAAGAAUGGUGGCUUCCAGUAG